GUGCGGGACUACUUUAAGUGGACGAGGCUUGGUGCGGCGCGCGCCUCGAGGAAUGACUGGUCGAAUUGUGCGGUGCAGCAGAGCACCACACCAGCCAACUGCCGCCGCACACACGGAACCAACCAACAGAUCAACACACAACAUGCCGCCCCUCACAAUGCCGCUCGCCUCGCAGCCUGCACCCACCCAAGAGGCACCUUCCUGAUGGAGAAGCAGACAGGUCAAUGGGCAGCCGGACAGCAACAAGAGGCUCAUGAGGGUCUCCUCAUCUGCUUCACAGAUCCGAGUGUGCAGGUGUGUAUGUAUGCAGGUGGGUCGGUGGGGGAAGCGUAGCGACCUUCUACUAGCUUCGUUGCUUCCUCCUUCCUCGGUCUCUGCCCUGCUACAGGUCAUCGCACUUGCGAUACCUACCCACCGCCCGUCGGCACUCACACUCUCUUUAGCUUCCGGUUUCACUUCUGUCCUCCUCCUUUGCUCCCGUUCGCUGCUCUCGCUACCUCUGUCCCUCUCUCCUCUUUGGUUCAGAUUCCUCACCCCACAUCAUCCUCAUCACCUUCACAUCUUUCUUGCUCUAGCUAUCCACCCGUAUCUUGCUCUAAUCUUCCUCGACCUCUUCACGGACCUCACCAUCCUCAGAUCCGCCAACGAAACAACCAAAGCAAGUCUAGGCAAAGCUCAGUAGCUUCUGAAUCUUCAUUCCUCCCUCAUCAUCGCUUCACUCUUCGUUCAGUUGCCCAUUAUGCAGUCUUCUAAUUCCUUUGAACAUGCUCGUACCGGACGUCCGAGGCCUACCAAUCUCUUGGCAG